AUGUCCACCCAAAGCAAAGCUAUCCUCGCCUCCGCCCCCAACUAUCCAGAUCACAGCCCUGGCAGCAACUGGUCCCUCGAGAACAUCUCCGUCCCCAAUGACCUCAAAGAUGGCGAGCUACUCGUCGACAUGCUGGCCAGCGGAAUCUGCCAUACCGACCUCAUCUCCACAGGCGUCCCAGGCGGAACUCCAGGGUUCCCUUACCCUUAUGUCGCCGGCCAUGAAGGAUCCGGAUACGUCAAAGCCGUCGGUCCGGGCGUGAAGAAAGACAUCAAGGUGGGAGACCCGGUCUUGCUGUCAUUCGCUCACUGCGGACAAUGCGAGAGCUGUGAGCAGCGGCAUCCGGCCUACUGUUCAGCUUUCUUCCCGUUGAAUAUCUACCCCGUUGAAGACGUCUUCAAGGCUGAGGAUGACUCUGGGGUAGCCGGGAAGUUCUUCGGGCAGUCCAGCUUUGCGAAGUUGAGCGUGGUGAAGGAGUCGUCGGUACUGGUGGUGCGGGACUUGGUGACUGACAAGGAGGAGUUGAAGCUGUUCGCUCCGCUUGGAUGUGGGAUCCAGACGGGUGCUGGUGCGACGUUGAAUGUUGCGAAGCCGGAGGAGAGGGAUCGGGUUAUGAUUCUGGGGGUUGGCGGUGUUGGAUUGAGCGCGCUUAUGGCGGCGAAGAUGCUCGGUUGCGAGCAGAUCAUUGCGGUAGACAGGGUCAAGUCCAGACUCGAGCUGGCAAAAUCCCUAGGCGCCACCCACAGCAUCGACACUACAGGCGUCGAGGACCUCACCGCCACCUUCAAAGAAAUCACGGGCGGUCGGGGGCCGACCGUCGUCAUUGACACAAGCGCAUACGUCCCGUUGAUGAAAGCAGCAUACAACUCGCUUGCUGCUCGCGGAACGUUCGUUUUUGUCGGCGCCAAUUUGGAUCCGGCUUUUAACAUGGAGUUGGGCAUCACCCAGCACAUGAUGAACGGGACGAGAUUGCUCGGGUGCGCGGAGGGUGAUAGUCUGCCGGAGGAGUUCAUCCCGCAGCUGAUUAAGUAUCAACGGGAGGGCAAGUUCCAGCUUGAUAAGAUCUCGAAGUUCUACAAGGCGGAGGACUUCAAGAACGCGCUGCACGAUAUGCAUACCGGCGAGGCGAUCAAGCCGAUUCUGACAUGGUAA